AUGCCACGGAUGCCUAGAGUUCCAAAUGGGUCAGAUGAAUCAGCAUCCCUUCAGAGGCAACCUGAUGAUGCACCCUCUAACUCCGAAGAAGAACAGCCGCUUAGGCAAGGUAGUACAAAAACCGUUUCCUCGGGAAACGAUGUUUCAAGUCCUCACGGUCUGGAGCAAGUUACAGGCCUGCGUACAGAUACUUAUGACCAGGACUGUAAGCCUGUUUGCUCUGCCACUGACGAUUCUGAUGAGAUAGAGCUUACUAAAAAUCAGAAUGUAGAACUUGAUCUAAUACGUGAUUUACAGAGUUGUGUUAUUGUUCCGUCCAAUGAACAACAUUCAUCUUCUAACGAAGCGUGUGAUCAAACCACAACACAAAAUUUAAUCCAUUUGUUUCGAAAAGCAGUACGGGCUGGACAUGAAGAGAUUUUAUCCUGGGUUCAUUAUUCAGGUAAUUUCGAAAAUAAAGUUGCUGAAAUUUGUCGUGAGACAGGAGCUGUUGAUAAAACCGCAAGGACACAAAUAUAUAAGGAAAUGUUAGAACAUCUAGCUGGUGUUACGCCAGUUUCCUUACGAAUUAAGACACUUAGAGCCAAAAAAAUUUGCAAAUUGUUUGGAGAAAACGGAGUAGGAAUUGAUAAGAUUAAGUAUGUCACUUGCAGUGCAAAUGAGAUUUCCGAAUUAACCAACGCACAAAUUCAAAAUGUUAUAGACAUUUCGCGUCAAGCGACUUCGAAACCCAUUUCCAUGAAAACCGUUUCCCGAGGAAACGAUCAGAGUCAUGUGACUUUGAAAAUCGCUGAUGCUGAGACUGUUGAAUAUGACGAGCCAGAUGAUGAUGACGAGCCAGGUGAUGAUGAUUAUAAAGUAGACGCUUUCGCAGGGAGUCUCGACUGGAGAGACUAG